CUUCCCUCGUCCAACUUGCUUCGCUGUCUGUGGGCCCACCAACCAUCAAUGGCUAUGUUUUCAUCUGCGAUCACACACGCAGUCGCCCGGCCGACAUUUGCUGUCCCUAUCACCCCACCUCAGUUCUCGUAUCUCUCCUUCCUCGUCUGCUUUCCGCCUCCUCCUCGCCACCUAAUUAAGGCGGAGUUGGUUUAGCCAAACCCUUGUUUUAACAUCUGUUCCCCUUCUCGUAGUGUAUUACAGUCUCCAUAACUAUCCCCGACCGCCAGCAGCAGCAUGUCGCCCAUGGCCGCAGCUCUGCUCUCCUCGCCCCCCAAGGUGAUACCCACUACGGCGCCCCCUGUCGCCGCCGCCGGAUCCGCUCUCCUCCUCCGCAGCCGCCACGCACUCGCCCCCGUGAGGUCCAUUCUCCGCCCAGACUCCUCCGCCCCGUUCAACCGCGCCGACUGGCAGGCCUCCUGCGCCAUCCUCUCCAGCAAGGCCGCCGCUGCCACCGGCUCUUCCUCCGACAAGCCGCCCUCUCCCUCCGGCGACCCCCCCGCCGCCGACACCGAACCCGACAACGACGGCGGCGGCAACAACCACCGCCCCCCUUCCGCCAUCUACGGCGCGAGGACUUCGCUCGAUCCCGUCUCGAACCUGCCGCGGCCGCUGACCAUCUCGGACCUCUCUCCGACGCCGAUGCACGGGUCGCGGCUCCGCGUGGCGUACCAGGGCGUUCCGGGCGCGUACAGCGAGGCGGCGGCCGGGAAGGCGUACCCCAACUGCGAGGCGAUCCCGUGCGACCAGUUCGAGGUGGCGUUCCAGGCGGUGGAGCUGUGGAUCGCGGACCGCGCGGUGCUCCCAAUCGAGAACUCCCUGGGCGGCAGCAUCCACCGCAACUACGACCUGCUUCUCCGGCACCGGCUCCACAUCGUGGGGGAGGUGCAGCUCCCGGUGCACCACUGCCUGUUGGCGCUCCCAGGCGUGCGCAAGGAGUAUCUCACCCGGGUGAUGAGCCACCCGCAGGCGCUGGCCCAGUGCGAGCUCACUCUCACCCGCCUCGGCCUCAACGUCACGCGCGAGGCCUUCGACGACACGGCCGGCGCCGCGGAGCACGUGGCCAGCAAAGGCCUGCGGGACACGGCGGCCAUCGCGUCGGCCCGGGCGGCGGAGCUGUACGGUCUGCAGGUGCUGGCGGACGGGAUCCAGGACGACGGCUGCAACGUGACGAGGUUCGUGAUGCUGGCGCGGGAGCCCAUCAUCCCCCGCACCGACCGCCCCUUCAAGACCAGCAUCGUCUUCGCCCACGACGGCGAGGGCACCUCCGUGCUCUUCAAGGUGCUCUCCGCCUUCGCCUUCCGCAACAUCUGCCUGACCAAGAUCGAGAGCCGCCCCCACCGCCACCGCCCCAUCCGCCUCGUCGACGACGCCAACGUCGGCACCGCCAAGCACUUCGAGUAUAUGUUCUACAUCGACUUCCAGGCGUCCAUGGCGGAGACCCGCGCCCAGAACGCCCUCGCCGAGAUCCAGGAGUUCACCUCCUUCCUCCGCCUUCUCGGUAGCUACCCCACGGACAUGACCCCAUGGGGCCCCACUUCCUCCUCCAACUCGCCGCCGUCGCCAUCCUCCUCCUCCUCGUUAGAUUAGAGCAGGGGAGUUGUGGGUAUUUUUACCUCCUAUAAUUACCAUGAUUGGGUGAUGAUGCAAUCGAUCGACGAAUCGAACGGGUGAGAUUGCUUUAC